AGCGUUAUGAUGUUGUGUUAUGCUUGUAUUGUGUGCGGCGCAGGUGCGGUGUGAUGACAUAACUUGACAUAUGGUUUUAUUAUAUCGCUUAUGUUAUCAUAAGAUAAUUGUAAGCAUACAUGUGUUCGUAUGUUCUCUGUCUUCGUCUUUUGUUUUCCUCCACGGGUUGACGUUUUAUUUAGAAACAAGAGUAUGGCUAGUUCCUCAAGUGGUCAUGAAGGUUUGCUAACGACAGUCAGGUGAUGGAGCUGAGACAACCAAAGCACUUUGCGGAAAGCAUCCCCACGGUGGCUAUGCACAUCCACCAUGCAGAAGGAUGGCGUCCGUUCAGAAGAGAAGGCUGAGAAGCCCGAACAGAGUGCCGCCGAGAAAGUCCUUGCGGAGAAGACUCAGCUGGAGGAGCAGCUCAAGGAUAUGACCGACAAGUAUAAGCGAGCCUUAGCAGACACAGAGAACCUGCGGACAAGGCAUCGGGGGAUGAUUGAGGACGCUAAAUUAUAUGGUAUCCAGGGCUUCUGCAAGGACCUGCUGGAGGUCGCCGACAUUUUGGAGAAGGCAACAGAAAGCGUGCCCAAAGAGGAAGUGACAAGCCAGAACCCACACCUGAAGAACCUUUACGACGGCCUGGUGAUGACGGAGGCCCAGAUACAGAAGGUGUUCACCAAGCACGGCCUGGUCAAGCUCAGCCCGGACGGCCAGAUGUUUGACCCGUACGAGCACCAUGCACUCUUUCACGCUCCCUUCGAGGGGAAAGAGCCUGGCACUGUCGCCGUAGUGACCAAGGUGGGCUACAAGCUUCAUGAGCGUGUCCUCAGGCCAGCAGCUGUGGGUGUGGCCAAGGCCCCCUAGGAAGUGACUGUAACCAUGCAGGACAUGUUGGGAAUCCUGAGUGAGGUGAAGGUUCUCCACGUGCUCGCCUCACAGGGGCCCAAGCCAACCGGACUGAAACUGUUUUUACCUGAAAGCGACGGACACAUCUAAUCACAGGUUGUUUCAAGUUCACGAUGGUGAUCACUUGCCAAUUUAUUAGGCACAAGUCAUGCAGUAGGAAGUGUCAAAAUGAGGAUGCUAAUGUUGUUUUGAGUUGGCACAUGCCUCGAGUUAAAAACCGUAUACAAAGUUAUUAUAAACCUCAUUAAGGGGCAUUUUUAAGCAGUUAAAUUGGCAAGUGAACUUGAAACCAUCAAAAGAUUAGCUAAUGAGUAAAAAUGGCAAAUUGUGCGGCAGGCUGACUGAGCUUUAGGAAUCAUUCCACAUUGAACUGUAGUUCUUGAGAAAACAGAACAGUGUUACAGUAUUUAAGCAUAGAGUGACAUUUGCUUUGAUAACAUCCAAAUAAACUGACCCAACUUUGUCUUAAGCCAGUGGCUUGAUUGCACCU